AUGGUAUCGUGCGCCGGCGCGCGUCUCGCGCGGCGGCUGAUCCUAGCCUGGCUAGUUCUCUAUGCCGGGUGGCAGUACGACACGCCAUGCUUCUCUCUGUGCGCAGUCGAGGCCGAUACCGAAGCUCCGAGCUGGACGUAUCCUUUACAUCCUCGCUGCCGGGACUUGAGACUCGUCGCAUCCUCAACGUACAUGGCUCAAUCUGACAGCUGGCAGCACGCACCCGAGCCCGGGCACAAGGCCCCCAGGCUGGACAAGGAUCGGGCUCCCGCGGCCCUUGCACAGCGGCUGCGUACCGCGGAUGAGCCGCUGGUGAUGUUUGUGGAGACACGCUAUUUGGAGGAGUUCCUGGAGUUGCUAGAAGGCGUCGCGACACCACCGUUCGUGCUGCUGACAGCCGGCUCUGAUGUGCCUCUGACGCAGGAGCUCCAGCAGAGGCUCUCACUCCUUCCUGCUCUGCGUGCCGCCUAUUCGACGAACCUUCACCGCCCCAGGGAGGAGCAGGAGAACAUGUUUCACGCACUUCCCGUGGGCUUCCUUCCGAAGCGCCUCAGCGCGCAUAACGAGGCACUUUUGGAACAGCGCCGCAGUGCGGCGCCACCCUGGACGGAGCGUUCCGGUCGGCUGCUGGUGCCGUGGAUGCGACUGCAUUGCGGGCAUCGAUGGCGUCGGGGCUACAGGACCAUCUUAGCGUCGCCGGAGUACCGGGAGAUGGUGGAGAUUGUGGAUGACAAGCUGCCAUUUCCCGACUACCUUGCGCAGCUCGGGAGCUAUGACUGCACCAGGACGUGGGAAUCUGUGUGGAUGGGCUGCAAGCCUUUGAUCUACAACGACACGGACUUCGACACCCGCCACUACCAACGGGCCUCUAUCCCAACCAUCCCGCAUCCGGACGACCUCUCGCCGGAGCUCCUACGAAAGCUCCUGAGCUCCAAGGAGGAACCGGUGGCCUCGGAUGCGGAACAACUGCACAUCAAGUACUGGACCAGCCGAUGGAAACAAGAUCUGCUCGGCCCAUCGAACGGAAGGUAG